AUGUCACCACAACCACAAUACCUUUUAAAUCCAAUUGAUUAUACUCAAGCUACACAAUUAUUAAUAAUUUUAAAAAAUAAAGGUUUUCACCAUUUAUUCAGAUAUGAAAACCAAGUUCAAUGCCAAAAUACAUUAAACUUGGUAGAUAAUGAAGCCGACCCAUCCAUUGUAUUAUUAAUCGACAUUUAUAGAGGACAAUUUAACAUCUAUCCAUUAAAUUCUCAAGUUUUAACAGAAUUCCUUGAUAAAAUAGAUUGGGAAAAUGGUUUUUUAACACCAUAUAAAAACCACCCAAAUAUUAAUUGGGAAGAAAUUUAUAAUAGAGUUGGUAUUAAUAGAGUUGGCAUCGAUAGACAUUUUAAAAAAACCGAAAGAGUUGUAUUUGCAGGUUUAUUAAAAGAAAAUGAAUCAUAUUGUAUAGAAUCAUUAAGAAAAUAUUUUGACCAAGUUAGAAUCGAUGAUGAAAUUUUUGAUAGUUUAGUUUUACCAAUUACAAAUGUUCAAGAAACAAUCAACGAAUUAAAAAAGAAUUUAGAUGGUAACGAGAGUUUAUUAACAAUUGAAGAUGCUGAAAAAGUUAGUAAGUAUCAUUUAUGGAAAUAUAAAUCAGACGAAUCAAUAAACUUUUUAAGAUUAGCAUGUAGUUCAAAUAUUUCAGGUGCAUAUAGAGUUAAAAAUGAAAAUGGCGAAUGGGAAUUAGCAUCGUGGAUUAUUCAUUAUACUGAUGGUAGCAUUGGUAGUUUAUAUACAGACGACAAAUAUAGAGGAAAGGGUUAUGCUAAAAAAGUAUCAUCCUUUAUUAUAAUCAAAAUGUUAGAGAAUGGAUAUACUCAACCAUACUGUUACAUUAAUAUCGAUAAUGCAGCAAGUCAAAAAGCAAUGAGAGGUUUAGGUUUCCAACCAGCUACCUUAACAAAAUGGGUUAUUGCCUCAAAAACAAAUUAA